AUGAAUGCCCCAGUAAGACGCAGUCCUUUCACCAUGGACAUUCUCAACGAGGUUUUACCUCAAGGAGUGAAGAUCUCAGGGUUACCUCAGUUUGAAGGAACCACCGACCCACUAGAACACAUAGAGAAAUUCCACGCCAUGGCAUAUUUGUAUGGCCCAACAGAUGUCGUAAUGUGCAAAAUGUUCUGCACCACUCUCUCCAAGCGGGCCAUGAAUUGGUUCAACUGUCUACCUACAAGAUCGAUCAACAUCUUCGCUCGAUUGUCGCAACGAUUCACCAACCAAUUCGCCAUCAACAAACAAUAUGCCAAGACCCCAGCACACCUUUUCUCUCUAGUACAGAGAAACAAUGAAACGCUCUGCAACUACAUCAAGCGUUUUGUGGAAGGCGUCCACAAAGUCCUAAGCACAGGACAAGACAUGCUCUCCGGGAUCAUGCAACAAAACUUGAAGUCGGAGGAAGCUUCUACCCAUGCUCCUCCCAAGAAGAAGAGGGAAGAUGAUCGACAAGACGUUAUGAGACGGGAUAAUCGACGUCCACCAUCCCCACCUCAAGGCCAAUCGUCAUCCUCCUACAAUCGAUUCACUCCGUUAAACACUCGACUCACUGAAAUCCUUCAUGUGAUAGAACAAAGAGGUCUAGCAAAACCUCCACGCCCAAUGCAGCCCAAUGCGAAACGAGAAAAAUCGGAUCACUACUGUCGAUUCCAUAAGGACACAGGACAUACUACCGAGGAAUGUGCACAUCUAAAAUUAGCAAUUGAGAAGGUUAACAAGCAGGGUCACUUAGGCGAAUACAUCGACAAGCCUUGA